ACAGUGGUUGCCGCUGCUGCCUUCUGUGGUCGUUGCCGGGAUGCCUGGUUGGUCCCUCCUUUGCCGGCUCCGAGGUCCCCUCAGUGGCUACUCAUCACCCCAAUGCUAGGCCGGCAACCGCAAUUUGAGAUGCACAGUGACGCGGCCGCCUGCUGUCCCGCGAGGCUCCGGGAGUCGGAAGUCUUGCGCAAUACGGAGGACUGAAGUACCGCGCCGGAAUACUGUUAAGCAUGCCACCCUGGAUGAAGAACCAAGCCACCUGGGUUAUGCGCUUGCUCCUCCACCACCACGCUGCACUACCAACACGGGAUUUGUGUAUGCUUGGUGAUGCAUGCAGCUGCUGAGGGAAUGCGGCGGAUGGUGCUCAAAGCCAGGGAAAGGAGCAGCAGGCGACUCCCAGGAGCAGCCCUAGCAAGAUCUUUACCUGAUGCAGACCCUACAAAUGGUAAAUCCAGUGUAAAGCGUAGGAUGGAAACCAGCGACUCGGACAGCUGUGAGGGCAGGCACCGGGAAAAGAAAGUUUGUAAAGGACUUUUGUCUUUAAAAGCUCAUGUAGCUGAACGAAGAGGGGAGCGUGAGGAAUUACAGGAUGCUCAUACUGUAUGUGAUCUGAGCCAGGAGUGUCAGCCAAUGCCUGCCAACAUAUCACGACUUUCAUACUAUGCUGUAUUUGAUGGUCAUGGCGGGAGUCACGCAGCACAGUUUGCAGCACACAAUCUGCACCGCAAUCUGGUGAAAAAGUUACCACGAGGAGAGGGAAGCAGUGUGGACAAGGCAAUAAAGAAAUGUCUCCUUGAUGCUUUCAAACAAACCGAUGAGGAGUUUCUGAAGAAGGCAGCCAGCCAGAAGCCAGCGUGGAAAGACGGCACAACGGCUAUUUGUGUUUUGGUUGCUGAUAACAUUCUAUAUAUUGCUAACCUGGGAGACAGCAAGGCUUUACUCUGCCGGAUUAAUGAGGAGACUCAGAAACCCACUGUUUUAAGCUUGAGUAGAGAACACAACCCCACACAGUAUGAAGAGCGGAUGAGAAUCCAGAGAGCGGGGGGCAAUGUGAGAGAUGGCAGAGUUCUCGGAGUGUUGGAGGUGUCUCGCUCACUAGGAGAUGGGCAGUACAAGCGGUGGGGGGUCAUCAGCACGCCAGAUGUGAAAAGGUGUCCUCUCACGGACAGUGACAGGUUUGUUUUAUUAGCCUGCGAUGGCCUUUUCAAGGCCUUCUCAGCAGAAGAGGCUGUAAAUUUCAUCCUUAGCCACGUGCAGGAUGAAGGCUCCAAGGAAGAAGACAGCACACCCGACACAGACAACAGAUAUGAAUCUGCCUGCCAUCGCCUUGCCAACGAAGCCGUGCGCCGCGGUGCCGCUGACAAUGUCACCGUACUCCUGGUACAGAUUCAACACUGACACUGUGGUAGGGACAUAACAAGGGAUGACUAGUAAUACACCAAAAGUUACUCCUUUCAUCUCGGAUUAUAAACCAACCUCCCAACCUCUGCCAGAUAAGAUGCUGUUCGCCCACAGUGCCAUUCAGAGGGCUGCUACUCUAGUACUGGGGACAUUUUGGAUAUACGAUCAUCUGUUUUAAGUUCAGACGAAGAUGUGUUAUUUAGGUUUGAUUCCUUUCUGCAGGUAGCUGCUUUGGUGGUUAUCUGUUCAGUGUGACUUUUAUUUUAUUAUUAUUUUGUGAUGGUAUACUUUAGUAAAAAAGUAUUUCACACA